GGUGAGUGUCUGUAAGAAGAUGUGGCAAUACGCGGCUGUGAUUCUGCUUCUUUUUCUCGUUUUGUACUUUAAAAGGUACAAAUACUUGAAACAAUUUGAAAAAAUUGAUGGACCUAAAGCAUAUCCAAUAGUUGGAAACUAUUUUUUGCUUAAAAAUCCGAGCAAAAAUAUUGCUAUUUUCAACGAAUUUCGUGCGAAAUAUGGAAAGACCGCAAAAAUGUUCGCAGGAAUGAAAAUGAACUUGAUAACAACGGAUGUAAAACUGCUGGAGGUGGUCAUGAAUUCUCCAAACUUGAUAAAUAAAUCAGACGAAUACAUUAUGCUAUUGAAACGAUGGCUGGGCGAGGGUCUUCUCAUCAGUUCAGGUGAAAAAUGGAGAUCGCACAGGAAGAUCCUAACACCGGCUUUCCAUUACAAGAUCCUAGAGGAUUUCAUCGAGGUAUUCGAAUCUCGUGGAAAGUUCCUAGUGGAUAAUCUGUUGAAGGUCUCCAGUGCGGAAUGCGUGGACGUGCACACAAUAAUCAGUCUCUAUACGUUGGACGUUAUAUGCGAUACUGCGAUGGGUACGUCCGUGAAUGCCCAGUGCAAUCCCGAUCACAAAUACAUGGAAGCGAUAAAAACGAUGUGCAAUAUUUCCGUGGAUCGCAUUAUGAACCCGAUUUAUAGGACCGAAUGGAUGUACAAGUGUACAAAUCUCUACAAAACUGAGUUGAAGGCUCUGGAAACCAUUACCAGUUUCAGUCUCGGGAUCAUCGAGAAACGCAGAAAAUUUUUGGAGUCGCGUCAUUACAAUGAAGAAAAUGAAUGCGACGAGUUUGGUAAACGCAGGAAGAUGACCUUCAUGGAUAUCCUCUUGAAGAGUACUAUUAAUGGUAAGCCGUUGACCAACGAGGAGAUUCGCGAGGAAGUUGAUACUUUCUUGUUUGAGGGACAUGACACUACUGCAUCAGCAAUAAGUUUCAUCUGCUACAGCCUAUCAAAGAACCCAGAAGUGCAGAAACUGGUGUAUGAGGAAAUUUGCCACGAGUUACCCUCAGAUCGCGCAGUUACGAUUGAAGAUCUUCAGAAUUUAAAUUACUUGGAGAUGGUAAUUAAGGAAUCUCUUAGGUUAUAUCCACCGGUCGCAUUUCAUACAAGAGUGGUGGGAAAAGAAUUUGAAUACAAUGGAACCAAGUUACCAAAGGAUUUAAUGAUUGCCGUAAACCAGUACACUUUGCACAGAGAUCCCGUUGAAUUCCCGGAUCCCGAGAAAUUUGAUCCUUUGAGGUUUACAGCUGAUAAACAGUCUAAACGCCAUCCGUUAGCUUACAUUCCUUUCAGCGCCGGUCACAGGAAUUGCAUAGGUCAAAAAUUUGCUAUGCUUGAGUUGAAGACGGCCAUAGCCAAAGUGAUCGAGAACUUCGAGUUACUUCCUGUACCUGGAUACACACCCGAAUUAAUUUCCAAGAUCACGUUGAACUCAAACAACGGAAUCUGCGUUAAGUUGAAACCCAGAAACUCUUAAUUUUCUGUACGUUUUAAUAUUAAAUAAAAUUUAGUUUUUUCAAA